AUGGAAGAUGGGGCUCAGACCAACCCCAAAGAGUUCAGGAAGAAGGGGCUGGUUAGACCCCUGUCCUGGAAGACAUCAGUGGAGCAGACUGGGAUGCUCUUCCCCUGGGCCACCUCUUUCUGGAAGGCCACCAAGUCCAUCCCAGGCAUCAGGAAGUUGUUCACAAUCACCAUUCUAGCAGGCAGCGUCCUGCCAAUGGUCCAUGGAGGCCUACUGAACUUGAAGUCAAUGGUAGAAACCAUCACAGGGAGAAGUGCCAUCCUCUCCUUUGUGGGCUAUGGCUGCUACUGUGGGCUAGGAGGCAGGGGUCUGCCCAUGGACGAAGUGGACUGGUGCUGCCACGCCCAUGACUGCUGCUACCAGAAGCUGUUUGACCAGGGGUGCCAUCCCUUUCUUGAUCUAUACGAAUUCUCCAUUGACAACGAAACUCAGACGAUCACCUGCAGUGAGAAGAACGAGACAGAGUGUGACAAGCAGACGUGUGAAUGUGACAAGAAUGUUGUCUUAUGUCUCAACAACCAAACCUACCAAGAGGAGCACCGCAAUUACCUUAAUAUUUACUGCAAGGGAAACACUCCGUCCUGCAGCAUCUAUGACCCUCUGCCGGUGGAGAUUGAGUGUAGACACAUCCCUAAGACGCCACCUCCACCUACCUAAGCUAUGCUCCCUCCCCAGAGCCCCAGGG